AUGGUCCAAGCGGCCAUUCCAUGGAAGCCCGUUCCACCACCAUCAACAGCCGCAUCCAGCGCGACAUACGGCGAAUCUACCUUUCAACAACUGCUUGAUCAUGAAAACCCAAGUCUUGGAACCUUCUCCCAGCGUUACUGGUGGAGUUCACAGUGGUGGGGUGGUGAGGGAUCGCCAGUCGUACUCUUCACCCCCGGAGAGGAAGCAGCCAGCGGAUAUACCGGAUACUUAACCAAUAAAACUAUCACUGGUCUUUAUGCACAAGAAAUUAAGGGUGCAGUGAUUUUGCUUGAGCAUCGUUAUUGGGGAGACUCUUCACCAUAUACAGAAUUAACAACGGAGAAUUUGCAAUAUCUGACUCUAGCUAAUUCCGUUGCUGACCUCACUUACUUUGCGAAAAAUGUGAAACUUCCAUUUGACACCAACGGAAGCAGCAACGCUCAAAACGCACCUUGGGUUCUCAGCGGAGGGUCUUAUAGUGGAGCUCUGUCAGCUUGGACUGAGUCGACUUCUCCUGGCACAUUUUGGGCCUACCAUGCAUCAAGUGCUCCUGUCCAAGCAGUUUAUGAUUACUGGCAAUAUUUUGUGCCUGUCCAGGAAGGAAUGCCGCAAAAUUGUAGCAAAGAUGUGUCUCGGGUAAUCAAUUACAUUGAUAGUGUCAAUGAGACGGGCACAGAGAAGCAACUGCUCAGCCUCCAAGAAAUGUUUGGGCUGGGAGAUCUUGAGUAUGAUGACUUUGCAAGCGCGCUACAGAAUGGGCCCUGGCUAUGGCAGUCCAACUCAUUUUAUUCGGGUUACUCAAACUUCUACCAGUUUUGUGAUUAUAUUGAGAAUGUUGAAAAUAAAACGGCAAAAGUACCGGGAGCAGAUGGGGUCGGCCUUGAGAAGGCUCUCCAAGGCUAUGCAAAAUGGUUCAAGAAGAUUUGGCUCCCUGGAUCAUGUAAUAGCUAUGGAUAUUGGGCUGAUUCUCUCACCACUGCUUGCUACGACACUCACAACGCAUCCAGUCCCAUGUUCACAGAUAUCUCGGUGGACAAUGCAAUUGACCGACAGUGGCAAUGGUUUCUUUGCAAUGAGCCCUUGUUUUAUUGGCAAGAUGGUGCACCAUCCGACCGGUCAUCGCUCGUUUCUCGGGCAGUUUCAGGAAACUACUGGCAAAGACAAUGCGCCCUCUACUUUCCUGAAGUAAAUGGUUACACCUAUGGUAGUGCAAAGGGUAAAACGGCAUCUCAGGUAAACGCAUGGACCAAGGGUUGGUCUCUUACUGACACCACCCGGCUGAUCUGGACAAAUGGUCAAUUUGAUCCGUGGAGAGAGGCGGGUGUCUCCUCCGAUUACCGGCCCGGGGGCCCUCUUGAGUCACGAUCCUCAGCACCAUUGAACGUCAUACAAGGGGGGUUCCACUGCUCUGACUUGAUUUUGAAAAAUGGUGCUGCAAACACGGGCGUUCAAAAGAUUAUUGAUGCUGAGGUAUCGCAGAUCAAGACUUGGGUGGCAGAAUACUACAAACACUGA